AUUUUGGUUUGGUGGGUGGAACACAGAAUGAAGUUUCAACUUUCAAAGCAACGGAGGAGGCGCAGUAAGAGGCCAAAUGAAAACAACAGUUAAACGCAUAAGGCAGUAACGUCAUUCAUCCAUUCCAUUGCUUCAUUCCUCGGCUGAAACACACUUUCCAAUGGGUGCCACAGAACCUGUGGUGGUUGAGAAACAGAAUAAUGAAACUGCUGAAGCUGAAGCGAAGAAGGAGAAGCAAGACUUGGAGCUGGAACUGGGUCUUGAAGAGAACAAUGAUGUCAAUAGUAGUAGCAAUAGAAAUAGCAAUGAUCAUGAAGAUUUUAACCUCUCAAGGUUCAACAGACUCAACCCCACUAACCCUUUGAGGAUUGUGAUUAAUAGCUCCACAAGAGUUGCAACUCCUUCUCCUGCUCAACCUCAACGCUCUCACACGCGCUCCACUCCCCCUCCCCCUCCCCCUCCCACCUCACUACCACAAGAACCGGUGAGCCUGAAUUCGAGAAGAUAUACGAACAGAAUAUCCUUGUUUCUCUUUGUCGUCCACAUGUUUGUAGCCGUUGCUUUGGUGUGUUUUCUGGUGUUCAAGGGAAUUCAAGGGCUUAUCAGAGAAUCGGAAUCUAGAAAGCGGAAAGAGAAGAACGUGUUGGAGUAUUUUCUUCCCCAAGUGGAGGCUGCAGCGUUUAUGAGCAUAAUUCUUGCAUUUAUUUGGCAAGAGGCGAUUAGGAAAUGGCCCACUAUAAUGGUUCAUUUGAUUCUGUGGCUCACUUUUGUGAUGUCUUUGGCUGCUGGGAUUCUCCUCAUUUGUUUCCAAAAGCCUGCCACUGAUGGUGUUGGGGUUUGUUUCAUUGCUUUUGCAAUUGGGAAUGGCUUAUAUGCUUGCUGGGUUAAUCAUAGAAUUAAGUUUUGUUGUAAGGUCUUGAGUUUGUCACUUCAACCAAUGUCUGAAUUUCCUGAUCUAAACAGACCCACUUAUCAUGUUCUUGGGGUUGGAUUCUUAUGGAUUUCUCUUUGGAUUUUAGCUGUGAUUGGAGCCUUGAACUUCUACUUUCCCCCUUUGAUCAUCAUUGCAUUGGUGUUAAGUUUGGCUUGGACCACAGAGGUCAUGAGGAAUGUUGUUAACAUCACUGUUAGUAGGGUAAUUGCAUUGUAUUACAUGAGAGGAAUGAAAUCCAGCACCCAAUUUUGCUUCCUCAGAGCACUCACCCGCAAUCUUGGGAGUGCUUGUUUGGGUUCCCUCUUUGUGCCUGGAAUAGAAGCCCUCAGGAUCGUUGCCCGCGGAUUGAACUUGCUCGAGGGAGAAGACGAAUUCAUGUUUUGUUGUGCUCAUUGUUGUUUGAGAGUCAUGGAAUCCAUUUUCCGAAAUGGCAAUGGCUGGGCAUAUGUGCGGAUUGCAGCAUAUGGAAAAGGUUUUGUAACGGCAUCGCAGGAGACAUGGGCCCUUUUUGAGAGGGAAGACAUGGUGUCAAUUGUAGACUCUGAUAUUACCAGCUCAAUUUGCUUCCUCACAGGAGUUUGCAGUGGCUCUAUUUGUGUCAUUGUUGUGGCUGCUUGGACCCAUAAAGUACACUACACUUUCACAGCCACCCUCUCCCUCCUCACAUUCUUCAUUGGAUACCUUUUGACUAGGAUUGCCAUGGCAGUGCCUCAUGCCUGUGUGAGUUGUUAUUAUGUGUGCUACGCUGAGAAGCCAGACAACAGACUGUUUGAUAAAACAAUUAAGGAUCGUCAAGCAUUGUUAAAAACUGGCCGUGAUGUGGUUCCUACGCCAAGGGGAAUUAGGAGGUACACAAGGACCUAAGAGCAUAAGCAUAAUCACCUUCAUUAUUUUGAUUUUACACUGUGCAGAUUCAAUUUCGAGGUAGCUUCAGGAUACGGUUUAUAAGAUCAUGACAAAAGGGGUUGAAUUGAAGUCAAUACCAAUCCAUGAUGAUUGUUGCGAAUGAUCUGGCUUAAAGGGGGUGGUGGGUUGAGCCAUUAUUGGAAUCUUGUAUUGGAAUGGAAGGAAUGUAGCAAAUGGGAGUAAUUAACAAGACCACUAUGCAAAGUAACUUGUGGUCCCCUCCUUGUUGUAUUGUAUAUUUUUAGCAUAUAUACUUUUAGGAUAUUCCACAAGGUGAAGUCCCAUCAUUAUUUUAUUGUAAGAUGUGCGUAGAAGCCACUAACUUUUUAUUUAAUUAUUCUUGCAAGCGUUUAACGACAAAAAAUAAAAUGGGUGCAUGUCAAUCCAUGCCCCGUGUACGAAGCUAAUUUUAUGUUGAAAUAAUGAUAUAAAAUUUUGAAAAGAUUAACAUU